AUGAACCGCUACGGUGACUAUCAAGGCCGUGCGUCAGGUAGCGGCUAUGCCAGCGGUGGAAGUUAUUCCGCGGGAGGGUCUAGCUACGGAUAUGGCGGCGGUCGAGGCGGCAGUUACUAUAGUGGGGGUCGCUCGGGGUCUGGUUAUGGUGGUUCUGGUUAUAGUGGUUCGAGUUACGGAGGUUCUGGGUACGGUGCAGGAGCGGUUCCGGCCGCUCCGGUGUCUGCUGGACCGGACACGACACCUUUCAAGAAAAACUUUUACAAGAUCUCGCCAGCUACAGAGGCAUUGACACCGGACCAAGUGGAUUCAUUCCGACGGGAGCACGAAAUGCGCGUUGUAGGUGCUGAAGUGAAGCCAGUGCUGGGCUUCGAAGAUGCGGGGUUCCCGGAGGAGUAUAACGACAGGUUGUAUCGAGCGGGUUUCAAGCAACCGUCUCCCAUCCAGUCGCAAGCGUGGCCAAUUUUGUUGUCAGGCCACGACAUGAUCGGGAUUGCCGAGACCGGUAGUGGCAAGACGUUGGCCUUCCUGAUGCCUGCGGUGGUGCACAUUCUGGACCAGCCACGCGUCAGCUACGACCAAGGUCCUAUUGCGUUAGUGCUAGCGCCCACGCGUGAGUUGGUGGAACAGAUCAAGGAGGAGGCCAUCAAGUUCACUUGCCGAAUGCGAGUGGCUGUGGCAUACGGCGGCGUGGCUAAGCGGAUGCAAAUGAACGCCCUCCGCGGCGGCGUCGAAAUCUUGGUCGCGUGUCCCGGUCGUCUCAUUGACUUUAUGGAACGAGGCACUGUGAGUCUAAGGCGCGUUACCUACCUCGUACUGGACGAAGCUGACCGUAUGUUGGACAUGGGUUUCGAACCGCAGAUCCGGAAAAUUGUUACCGACAUCCGACCCGACCGGCAAACGCUAAUGUUUUCAGCUACGUGGCCCAAGGAAGUCCAGGGUCUUGCACGCGACCUAUGUAGGGAGGAUCCUGUCCAAGUUACCAUCGGCUCUUCCGAGCUCAAGGCGUCCCACAAUGUUGAGCAGAACGUCUAUGUGGUCACUGAGGAGGAAAAGAAGACGCGACUGUUCGACCUUAUUAACCAGGCGCGCGAAAAGGAGCCGGGCGCACGCAUUAUUAUUUUCACCGAGACGAAGCGCGCGUGCGACGUUCUAACGCGCGAAAUGCGCGCCAAGGGCUAUCAGGCGCUCUGUAUCCACGGUGACAAGGAGCAGGAAGAACGACGGUACGUGCUGGAGGAAUUCCGGUCCGGUAAACACCCAAUCAUGGUUGCCACUGACGUCGCUUCUCGAGGACUCGACGUCAAGGAUGUCCGUAUCGUCGUCAACUACGAUAUGCCCGGCCAGGUCGAAGACUACGUGCACCGGAUAGGACGUACGGGCCGCGCCGGCGCUACGGGAACCAGCUACUCGUUCUUGACCGAUAAGAACAGAGGACUCGCUCGGGACCUGAUCAAGAUCCUAGAAGAAGCCAAGCAAACCGUACCAGCGGAGCUACAGUCCAUGGCUUACUCAAGCCGAGGCGGAGGAGGACCGUCCCGAUUCGGCGGCGGGAGACGCUACGGCAACGGCGGCGGAAACCGUGGCUACGGCAACAGCGGCGGAAACCGAGGCUACGGAGGUGGCUAUGGCGGGGCUGGCGGCAACUACGGUGCGGCGCCCCCCAGCUCCGGAUACUACUAG